AUGGUCGUUCGCAAGGACGUCGUCGUGCUCGACUGCGGAGGGUCGAGCAUCAAGGCUGGCUUCGCGGGAGACGACAAGCCCGUGUGCGUCGUCCCGAACUGCGUCGCGAAGCCCAAAGGCGAGAAGCGGUCGUACGUCUGCGACGAGAUCGCGCGCAUCAAAGACAUCUCGUCGUUGAACCUGCGACGACCGGUCGACCGCGGGUACGUCGUCAACUGGGACCUGCAGCGAGAGAUCUGGGACCACGUCUUCGCGAAGGUGCUGAAGAUAAACCCGAAGAACUGCCACCUCGUGCUCCUGGAGCCGCCGUUCAACCUCCCGAACAUCAUGUGGGAGCAGGACGUGGUCGUGUUCGAGCGGUUUCAGUUCAAGUCCGCGCUGAUUUGCAACCCCGCGACGCGCGCGUUGCACCGCGUCUUCGCCGCGGACGGCGGCGGCGGCGGCGGCGGCGAAGGCGAAGGAUCGUCGUCGUUGCACGCCAAGGCGCGAUGCGGCGUCGUCGUCGACGCCGGGUUCUCGUUCACGCACGCGACGCCGGUGUUCGACGGGAAGCCGAUCAGGAGAGGCAUCAAGCGAUUAAACCUCGGCGGCAAGGCGCUGACGAAUUAUCUGAAGGAGCUCGUGUCGUACCGGCAGUGGAACAUGAUGGACGAGCAGUUCGUCUUGGAGGACGUCAAGGAGAAGACGUGCUACGCCGCCGCGGACGUGUGCGAGGAGCUCAAGAAGGCGAAAAUGCGAGGCCCGUCCAACGAGGUAAACCGGGAGUACAUCUUACCCGACGGCGUGCACGUGCUCAGGGGGAGCGUGAAGGAGGGACCGACGAGGGACCCGGACGCGGAGAGCUCCGACGACGACGACCCGGACGAGGGCGGCGGGGCGAGGAAGCGGAAGAAAAAGAGCGGCGGCGGCGGCGGGAAGGGAGGGAAACGCCCGUCCGUCGCGAACGGAGGCGGCGGGAAGGGCGGGUACGUCGAGCAGCUCCUCGCGAUCGGGAACGAGCGGUUCAUGGUCCCGGAGGCGUUGUUUCACCCCACGGACAUCGGGUUGGACCAAGCCGGGAUCGCGGAGCUCACGACGCAGGCGGUGAACGAGGCGAACAAAGACCUGCGGGGGAUGUUGUACGGUAACAUCGUCCUCACCGGCGGGUGCGCGCUGAUUCCGGGGUUCAAGGAGAAGUUCGAGGCCCAGUUGCGUCCGCUCGUGAACGCGGACGACGACGUGCGCGUCGUCGUCGCGGACGGCGAUCCGAUUUGCGCGGCGUGGCGGGGCGCGAGCGAUCUCGGCGCGAGCGACGAGUUCGAUCGACUCGCGCUGACGCGGGAGGAUUGGAAACGGGACCAAGCCGACAUCAGACGGCGGUACGACGAGCACGUCGCGGUAGGUAAAGGGCGAGCGUGACGCGGAACGCAACGCGGGUCGUAGGUGCCGUAGCUCGCGUCGCGCCGCUCGACGCCGUUCAGUCCAAAUCGCUAAAGUCCUCGAUGCCGUCGCUGUCGCAGUCGGCCGCGGCGUCCUCCCCUCCCGCGUCGUCGUCGUCGUCGUCGCUCGUGACGACGUCGUCGUUCUUCUUCUCCUCCUCCUCUUCUCCUCCGGCGGAUUUUGGCUCCUCCUCCUCCUCCUCCUCCUCUUCCUCGCCGCUCUCGCCCGCCGCGCCCGUUCGCUCCGCGCGCAACUCGUCGACGACGUCCUUCAUCGAGACGCCUUCGCAGCCGCCGCCUGGCACCCACGUCGGCAUGGACUUCAUCCGUCCGCCGACGCCGCCGAACAGCUUACUCUCCCACU